CCACCGCCUCCUCUUCUUUCUCCUUCCUCCCGCAGAGCCCGCUGUUGCAGCUUGUUUGCACUGGGGCUUAUCCGGAGCGGAAAUUCCUUUCCGUUUUUGUGAAUGACAAACUCAUUAACAAUUCAUCAACACAACCUGUUCCAGCCGGCCCGUCCCCACGGCAACAGCCCCUUCCGCAGCGCGCUCAUUGGCUGGCCCGGAGAAUGUAUCCAUUGAGACGCUCGCUGUUUGUAUCCAUUGAGGAGCUGCCUCGCGCAGGGGGUGUGCGAGGGCUGAGUCCUAGGGAGAGUGAGCAAACCGAGGCUUGAAUAAUCCGAGGAGAAAGACGCCCGGGUGGAUUUGAGGUGCAGCCUUGGAGGGAGGGAUUAGAAGCCGCUAGACUUUUUUUUUUCCCUCCCUUCUCAGUAGCACGGAGUCCGAAUUAAUUGGAUUUCAUUCAUUGGGGAGGAACAAAACUGUCUGGGCAGCUUCAUUCAGAGAGACUCAUUGACAUCAAGAGCGAGCGGCUGCAGCCGGGUGCAGAGGGAAAGGCCGGCUUCUCUUCUGUCUCGCCUUCCCCAACCGCUAACCCGGUUUGGGAAGGUUGAGGUGGAAUUAAAGCCCGCUCCGAGAGCGGCGGCUUCGCGCGGCGCGCUCGGCCUAUGCCUGCCCCGAGGGGCGUCUGGUAGGCACCCCACCCUCUCCCGCAGCUCGACCCCCAUGAUAGAUACGCUCAGACCCGUGCCCUUCGCUUCGGAAAUGGCGAUCAGCAAGACGGUGGAAUGGCUCAACGAGCAGCUGGAGCUGGGUAACGAGCGGCUGCUGCUGAUGGACUGCCGGCCGCAGGAGCUGUACGAGUCGUCGCACAUCGAGUCAGCCAUCAACGUGGCCAUCCCGGGCAUCAUGCUGCGGCGCCUGCAGAAGGGCAAACUGCCCGUGCGCGCGCUCUUCACGCGCGGCGAGGACCGGGACCGCUUCACGCGGCGCUGCGGCACCGACACGGUGGUGCUCUACGACGAGAGUAGUAGCGACUGGAACGAGAACACGGGCGGCGAGUCGGUGCUGGGACUGCUGCUCAAGAAGCUCAAGGACGAGGGCUGCCGGGCGUUCUACCUGGAAGGUGGCUUCAGCAAGUUCCAAGCCGAGUUCGCCCUGCACUGCGAGACCAAUCUAGACGGCUCAUGUAGCAGCAGUUCGCCACCACUGCCAGUGCUGGGGCUCGGGGGCCUGCGGAUCAGCUCCGACUCCUCCUCGGACAUUGAGUCUGACCUUGACCGAGACCCCAAUAGUGCAACGGACUCAGAUGGCAGCCCGCUGUCCAACAGCCAGCCUUCUUUCCCCGUGGAGAUCUUGCCCUUCCUCUACUUGGGCUGUGCCAAGGACUCCACCAACCUGGACGUGUUGGAGGAGUUCGGCAUCAAGUACAUCUUGAACGUCACCCCCAACUUGCCGAAUCUCUUUGAGAACGCAGGAGAGUUUAAAUACAAACAGAUCCCCAUCUCGGAUCACUGGAGCCAAAACCUGUCCCAGUUUUUCCCUGAAGCCAUUUCUUUCAUAGAUGAAGCCCGGGGCAAAAACUGUGGCGUGUUGGUGCACUGCUUGGCUGGCAUCAGCCGCUCGGUCACUGUGACUGUGGCUUAUCUUAUGCAGAAGCUCAAUCUGUCGAUGAACGACGCUUAUGACAUUGUGAAGAUGAAGAAAUCCAACAUCUCCCCCAACUUCAACUUCAUGGGCCAGCUGCUGGACUUCGAGAGGACACUGGGACUCAGCAGCCCCUGUGACAACCGGGUCCCAGCCCAGCAGCUCUAUUUCACCACCCCCUCUAACCAGAAUGUCUACCAGGUGGACUCGCUGCAAUCCACGUGAAAGGCCCUGUUGCCCCUCCUUGCUGGGAUGUGUCCAUUCCUUUAGCAAUUUCUCUUGGCAGCAUCAGCUGGGCUGCUUUCUUUGUGUGUGGCCCCAGGUGUCAAAAUGACACCAGCUGUCUGUAUUAGACAAGGUUACCACGUGUGGAAUUGGUUCUUACAAAGGGAGAGAUUUGCUCCGUUCUCGUUGGAAGAACAGGACAUGCUGUACAGAUACAGGCAAUAGGCUUGCUCCACACCCGUGUGUACAGCCUACCCAUGCAGGGACUGGAAUUCGAGGACUUCCAGGUAUAUAGGGUAGGACCAAAUGGUAGGGUAGGAGCAUGUGUUCUUUAUGAUUUUUAGGGCCUCGUAUGACUGUUUCCUUUUGCAUCUGGAACUGACUAUAUAUUGUCUUCAGUGAAGACUGAUUCAAUUUUGCAUAUAGAGGAGCCAAAGAGAGGUUUCAGCUCUGUAUUUGUAGUAUCAGUUUGCAAAAAAAAAAAAAAGUAAAUAAAUAAUAAUAAAGAAAUAAAAUAAAUCUGAUACUCCAUUUGAUUAUUGUAAAUAUUUGAUCUUAAAUCACUUGACAGUGUUUGUUUGAAUUGUGUUUGUUUUUUCUUUGAUGGGUUUAAAAGAAAUCAUCCAAAGGGAGAAAGAGCAGUAUGCCACUUCUUAAAACAAAACAGAGAAAACUUUGCUCUUUUCUAAUCCAAAGGGUAUGCAUGCUUGACUUUACCAAUUCUGAAUGACACUUUCAUGGACACUGUUAUCACUGAGACCUUGUUAUGGUGCAGUCUUCAGUCUCUUUCAUAUAUCUUCCUUGUGAUUUUUUUUCUCUUAAUGUAGUUUGCCUAUGCCUUACCUUUGUAAAUAUUUUGGCUUGUGUUGUCGCAAAGGGGAUCUCUUGGAAAGGCACCAAAAUCAUGGGCUCACUUGUUUUUUUUUUUUUUUUUAACUUCAGCUGUGCUAAACAGCAUAUUACCUCUGUACAAAAUUCUUCAGGGAGUGUCACCUCAAAUGCAAUACUUUGGGUUGGUUUCUUUCCUUUUUUAAAAAAAUUUGUAUGAAACUGGAAGCGUGUGUGUGAGCAUGGGUCCUCAUUGAUAGGUGAUGCGCAUAUGAUUGUAAAGAAGGGAGAGUUAAGUUGUGAAGAAGGGAGAGUUAACUUGCUCCAUUAUGUUCAUGGUGUAAAGUUUCGAGCUGAAAUUUAUUCUAAGAAUGUAAAACUUUAAAUUAUUAAUAAAUAACUAUUUUGGCUAUUGAAUGUGUAUUUUUUAAAAAAUCUCUCAAUUGUACUUACAUGUGAAGUGACACAUUUUAGGAAGUUUUCAGUCAGGGCUAUAUUGGCCUGUAAAGUGUAUGUAGGAACAGCAGGGCAAGUUCUAGUCUUUUAAGGUACUCCAAGAAUGUUCUUCAGGUACAGUUUAUGAAAUUAAUCUUCUGCUUCAAAUAA